GAACUGAUUUACAGUGAAGAGAUGGCUUGAAAGGUUUGAGAGUAACUGUGAAGAGGAAAUUACAAUGGUAGAAUCAAAACCAUUAGGUUAAAAAAAUAAAUUAAAUUUUUGAUUUGAGAUUAAACAAGCCUAUAAGGGAAGAAAUUAUAGGCAUAUGCAAAAGGAGUGCCUCACUGGUUGAUUUCUAACCAUGCACUUGAUGCAUAUUCUGGAAACGAUUUUAUUGGUCAUUUUAAAACUAAAUAUGUGCAUUCUCAGCAUUUCCUUAAGCCCUGUGCAUAUCAAGCUAGCUCUUCAGUGGUCAAAGUCAUUCUGGAAAGACAGGCAGGGGAACAACAGUGUUCAUGUCUCAGCUUUUCUUUCUACUAUCAUUCUUAAAAUAAAAUAGGGGAGAGAAAGCACAAACAUAAAGCAAAGCUAACGUAUUUUACAAACAUGCGUGUAUAUACAUUGUAAAAAAAAAAAAAAAAAAAAAAAAAAAAAGCUGCAUUGCUGCCGGAAAAAUCAAGCCAGUGUAAGGACGUCCCUACAAAAAAUUCCUCUUAACCAGCAAAUCGAAAGCAUUUCCCCCUGCUUUAUGUGAGCGCUGUUAUCACGGUCCUUUUCAUGCAGUAGCACCAGCUUGAAUACUACGCGGUUGCCAUGGCGACGGGUUGUCAACAUCGCCCCUGUCGGAGGACCUGUACUCAUCCUGCCCGGCGUCCUGCCUCAAAAAAUGUCAGAAAUGUCUGCUAUGAACAGAAAGUUAAAACAGACUGUCGCAGAAACAAUCUCUAAACAAGUGGAGCACUUCAAUAAAACAGAGAUUGAGUGCCUUAUCCGAGAGUUCACUGUACUCCUGGGGGAGCCUGCUGCUCCGCGGAGAGCAGUCACCGGCCUGGACAGAGCGAAGUUCAGGAGCAUCCUGCACAACGUCUUUGGGAUGACCGAUGACAUGAUCAUGGACGGAGUAUUCAGGACAUUUGACAACGACAAUGACGGCUUUGUGGGUAUAAAAGAGUGGAUUGAAGGACUGUCUGUUUUCCUUCGAGGGACCUUGGAUGAAAAAAUAAAAUACUGCUUUCAUGUGUACGACUUGAAUGGUGACAAUUACAUCUCAAGGGAGGAGAUGUUUCACAUGCUGAAGAACAGCCUCAUCAGACAGCCCACAGAAGAGGACCCAGAUGAAGGAAUCAAAGACCUGGUGGAGAUCACACUAAAGAAGAUGGACCAUGACCAUGAUGGCAGGCUGUCUUUUGGUGACUUUGAAAAGGCAGUGAGAGAGGAGAACCUAUUACUUGAAGCUUUUGGAACCUGCCUCCCUGACACCACGAACCAAGCUUUGGAGUUGUCCUGGGGCCAUGGGUCUCCACUGUUCCUCAGCUGGACUCAAAACAGAACCUCCUCUAGCUUUGACAGCCAUAAAGUGGAGCUAUGUCGGCAACUUGGAGAAAAGCUGGGACUGAAAGAUGGAGAGCAGGGCUUCCUGAGACCAUGUCACCAGGUGUCAUCAGUGCAUCAAGUGUUUGUGGAGCCUCUGUCAUCUGAUGACUGGGAGAUCCUGGAGCUUCACAGCGCUGCACUGGAGCAGCAGCUGUUAGAUCAGAUCAGAGUGGUGUUCCAAGAUGCCAUAUUUCCUGUGUGGGUGGACAGCCACACAGCCAUCUACAUCCGAAUAGCGUCACUUUCGCCAUCUGUGCCCUAUGGUCGCCUGGAACAGUUCACAGAACUAGUUGUCUCUCCGAAGAGCCGUUCUGGAAUUGGUGACCUCAGUGGUUCUCCGGUGAGGCGCAGCGAGAAGCAGCAUCUUCAAAGAGAGAAAGUCCCUGAUCUCUCCUCCUCCGUGGGACAGUCGUUAGAAAAUACUGCUCAUGUCCCUCAAAGCCACCAGUGGGGUGGUAUAGCUGACCUGAGGAGCCUCCUACGCUACAUGAUAAAAGGCACUUAUGACCCCAUUAAAGAGCUACCACCAGUCCCUGGCAUCCCUGCCCUCCUCACUGACUCUACCUACAGAGUGAGCGGUGUGCCUCCUGACUCUCUUUGCACCAUAAGCCACGUUGCAACUGGGGUUAUUCAUUUAUUUCCUUGGAGGCAGGGACUAAAUGCUGGACUAAUUGGAGGCCAGUCUCCAGUGACGUAUGGCCUACUCUCCAAAGUUCCUUCACCUAAAGAAACAAGAAACAAAGCCAAGCAGGCCAUGGACAAACGGAAGAACACAGGAGUUACUAAAGUUGCUGCUUCUGUGGAUGGAGGUGAAAAGAUGAAAGAAGAGGAGGUCAUGGUGGUCAGGGUGGUGUGCCAUUGUAUUGAGAAGCUAGCAGGCAAACAAAGGAGUCCCAACAAGGGAGAAAUCCAUAGUGGACGAGUAUGGAUCCCACAGCCCCUGCCUGCCAGGUUGAAUAUCGUCCCACAUUCAACAGUUAGAAUAAAGCCAGUGAAAUCAACUAUCAAAGUGGCCUCCAUUAUUCGUCUCAAACCUCUGAAACCACUGACUGAGGAAGACGAUGGGGAGAUCCAGACAGCUUUCCUUGGUUGGCUGCACACUCAGAGUCAUGAACCUUUAGCCUGUCUGACUCCACGGUCUGGCACCGUCCUCCUACAUGGAACUGAUGCAAAGUUAGAGUUUGCUUUAACUGUGCUGAAACCAGAACCAGCCAAUGAUCCUCCGGACCAGCUGUUUCUAUUAGCGCACACUAUAAUCCGGAAGGAAGACAUACAGGUAGACAGAGAGUCAGUAACCACGCCAGCUGUGAAAGCUGUAGCUGAAACACCCAACCCAGAGCUUCCCUCCCUCACCAUUCUUGGUGGGAUCGAUGAUCUUAGCAGGACUGGAUUUCAGUUCAUCUCCAACAGCCUUCUGGCUAGUCCCCUCUCGAGAGAGCUCUGUAAGACUGGACAGGGGCUCCAAGGAGGAGCUCUACUCAUCACUGGUGCUAAGGGGAGUGGAAAGAGCACUCUGUCCCGAGCCCUCUGCAGGAAAGCUAGAGAAGACUUGGAUGCACAUGUGGAGGUGGUGGACUGCAGAAAGCUACAAGGCAAAAGGGCAGAAACUGUGAGACAGAUGCUGCAGGAUAUUUUUGAACAGGCAGAGUGGAGGCAGCCUUCAGUUGUUCUUCUCGAUGACUUGGAUCAUGUGACAGGGGCACCAUCCUCACCUGAACAUGAGCAGGGUCCUGAGGCGCUGCUGCAACAGCACAUUGCACAGAGUCUGAAGGAUGCGGUGGAUGAGGUGGUGGUUCACUCCAGCCUGGUGUGUCUGAUCAUCACCAGCCAGAGUGAGCACUCUCUCCACCCCUCGCUGACUGAAGUGCAGGGGUCCCACUUCAUCCAGGGAUUUGUAAACAUCCAGCCACCAGACCAGGCCCAGAGAGCAGAGAUCCUGCGCCGUCUGAUCCUCAGAAAGUCUAGUCUGUCUGAAGAGACUCUACAGAUUCUCGAUCUGGGGGCUGUUGCCAAGGAAACAGAAGGUUACGCACCUCAAGACUUGGCACUGCUGUUGGAGCGAGCUGUCCACGCUAGCACUGUACAAAGAGGACACAGUGACCAGGGGGUGUGUCUGUCGUGGAGAGACUUUGCACAGGCUCUUAAGGGGUUCACGCCUCCCUCAUUGUGGGGCGUAGACCUCCACACCCCAAGUGGAACUGGGCUGGAGAGGGUGGGAGGGCUGCGAGAGGUGCGGCAGCAGUUAAUGGACACCAUACUGCUCCCUGCCAAGUAUCCCAUCCUGUUCUCCAAUCUUCCUAUCCGCCAUCGCUCAGGAAUAUUGUUGUAUGGAGCUCCUGGUACAGGGAAGACCCUGCUGGCCCGGGCUGUGGCCAAAGACAGUGGUAUGAACUUCAUCAGCAUCAAGGGACCCGAACUUCUGAGUAAGUACAUCGGCGCGAGUGAGCAGGGAGUCCGUGAUGUCUUCCAGAGGGCACAAGCAGCCAAACCAUGCAUCCUGUUCUUUGAUGAGUUUGACUCUUUGGCCCCAAGGAGGGGCCACGACAGCACAGGUGUGACUGACCGUGUGGUCAACCAGCUACUCACCCAGUUGGACGGGGUAGAGGGACUACAGGGCGUAUACGUGCUUGCAGCCACCAGCCGCCCAGAUCUGAUUGACCCAGCCCUGUUGAGACCUGGACGACUGGACAAGUCCCUCUACUGCCCUCCUCCGGACCUGGAGUCUCGUGUGGAGAUCCUCAAGGCUCUGAGUACCGGCGUCCCCCUGGCUGCUGAUGUGGACCUGGAGCAGCUGGCAGCAGCAACAGAGCAGUUCACCGGGGCAGACCUGAAGGCCCUGCUCUACAACGCACAGCUGGAAGCCGUCCACAACAGCUUGGGCACCAGCACACCGCAAGAGCUGACCUCUGGCUCAGACAGUGACAUGAGCCUGUCCUCCAUGAUCUUCCCAAACAACAGCAGUGGUUCAGAUGAUUCAGUGGGGGAGGGAGACCCAGGCAUGAGUUUGGACCAGUCCAUGGUUCUCUUGGAUCCUGAUGAUCUCCAAGCAGAAGACGAACGACAUCGCAGCAACGUCUGGAGGCUCUACUUUGGAAGCUCCUACGAGUCAGAGUUGGGGAAUUCACCAAUUUCAGGACUGUGCAUCUCUGGACCCAAUUCCAUGACCCAGGACUGCACCGGGGCAUCAGUUCGCGACCCCGGCGGCUCUCUCCCUCCUGCCUACAUGUCCUCCCUCCAGAGCGGAUAUGAAGAGCUGAGCCCUGAGCAGUUGGAGCGCCUACAACAAGACAUUAACAACAUCAAGUACAACUACAAGAGAGCCAAUGAGGAGGGUGUGCGGGUCCAUUCAGCCUCCAGUCAGCAGGGCCUGUUGCUCUGUCAAGCCCAUGUGAACUCUGCCCUGGCUGCAACCAGACCGUCUAUCAGCAAAUCUGACUGGAGCAGAUACACAACACUAUAUGAAGGCUUUGGCGGUUCAGGAGGCGGAAAAUCAGUUCAUUCUGUCACAUUUAAGCCCGGACAACGUGUGACCUUAGCUUGAACAAACACAUUAGUCUGACUCACUUAAUUCACUAGUUUGAUAUUUAUGAAUAAAAGUGGUGAUGCAUUGAUAAUUGAUUUAACAAUCAGUGGAGUUUAACAGUUUCAGAGCUGUAAAAACUCUAUAAAUUAAUAUGAUUCAUAUAAAUAUUUGAAUUUAUUGUUUUCUGUUGAUAUAUGAAUGAACCAUUUAACUGCUUGAAAUGUAAUUACUGUACAUAUGUAUAAUGUUGGACUAUAAAAUAUAAAAUUGUUAUAAUUAAAAAUUGA